CAUCAACCCAAACUCUUUUUUUGAGAACAAAAAAAAUCAAACAAUACUUGUUUCGGAACAAAAUAACAAGGAAAUUAGCAAAUUUUAUUCAAAUUAUUUACGGAGUAAAAAAAUAUAGCAAUGGUUGUAGCAAGCAACAUGGCUAUGGGUGUCAAAUGUGUUACGGAUCUUUUCUCUCCUUAUCAAUUGGGUAAAUUCAAUCUGUCUCACAGGAUAGUAUUGGCACCAAUGACAAGAUGUCGAGCUAUAAAUGAAAUACCAAAUGAAGCACUUUUGAAGUAUUACACCCAGCGUUCGACUCCUGGUGGCCUUCUUAUCACAGAAGGAACUCUCAUCUCCCAAACAGCCGCAGGGUUUGCGCAUUGCCCAGGAAUCUACACAGAUCAACAAGUCCAAGAGUGGACGAAAGUGGUAGACUCCGUUCAUGCUAAGGGUGCUAUUAUCAUCUGUCAAUUGUGGCACGUUGGUCGAGUUUCUAACCAAGGUUACCAAUAUGAAGGAGGUGCGCCAAUAUCAUCAACGAACAAAGGCUUAACCGAUAGGUGGCGUAUUCUAAUGCCAGACGGUUCACACGAAAAGUGUACUCCGCCACGAGCCCUGACUAAGCCACAGAUCUUAGAGGUCGUACAAGACUAUCGUCAAGCAGCCCUCAACGCCAUUCGUGCUGGUUUUGAUGGAGUGGAGAUACAUGGAGCACAUGGUUACCUAAUCGACCAAUUUCUCAAAGACGAAAUCAACGAUCGAACCGACGAAUACGGCGGUUCACUCGAAAACCGAACCCGGUUCCUAACCCAAGUGGUACAAUCCGUCGUAGAAGCAAUAGGAGCUGAAAAUGUAGCCGUUAGAAUCUCACCAGCCAUAGACCACUUUGAUGCACUUGACUCAAACCCACUUGAAUUGGGACUAGCAGUCGUGGACCGCCUCAACAAACUACAAACCGAAUUAGGUUCAAAACUCGCUUACCUCCACGUGACCCAACCCCGGUUCACGGCUCAAGGCGUGGUCGAUAAGCCCGCCGAGGAAGCGAAAGCCGAUGCAAAAUUGUUGAGGAAACUAAGGGAUGCAUUUGAAGGGAGUUUUGUGAGUAGUGGUGGUUAUACUAAGGAACUUGGGAUGCAAGAUUUAGGUCAAGGUGAUGCUGAUUUGGUUGCUUUUGGAAGACUUUUUAUCUCUAAUCCUGAUUUAGUGGAUAGGUUUAAGGUUAAUGCACCCUUAAAUAAGUAUGAUAGGACUACUUUUUAUACUCAUGAUCCUGUUUUGGGUUAUACUGAUUAUCCUUUUCUAGGAGAAGAGUAAUCUGCCUCGUAAUUAAGUAGUUCUUAAUUGAGAAAGAAGUUGCAUUGUGAUUUGCGAAGGUUUAUGCAUGGUAUAACUGGGUGUAUCUUACAAGGUACAACUCAAGUUUGUUUUCCUCUUAUUUAGAAAACAAAUGAGGAAAAAAAUUAUCCCAAUGUAUAAUAAAGUUUUCUAUUGUGAUGAAAUAAACGGUGUUAUUUGUAUGAUCA